AUGUCCACCAUUACCUACCGCCAGUACCGCGGCGAAGCCGACCUCCCACACAUCAUGGCUCUCGUUCAGAGCGAGCUCAGCGAGCCGUACGUCAUAUACACGUUCCGCUACUUUCUCCAUCAGUGGCCACAUCUGGCGUUCUUGGCAUACCCGAGUGACGCGGACACCGACGGCGACAGCGACACAACCCCACCCCCACCCUCUGCCCUGGUCUCCCAGAGCACGGAGCAGCCUGUGGGCGUGAUCGUGUGCAAGCAGUCGAUGCACCGCGAGCGCGCGAACCGGGGGUACAUCGCGAUGCUCAGCGUGGACAAGGCAUGGCGCAAACGCGGCAUAGCUAGCGCGUUGGUCAGACGCUCGAUUGCGGCGAUGAAGAGGGAUGGUGUGGACGAGAUCGUGCUCGAAACCGAAUACGACAACUUCGCCGCCCUCUCUUUGUACGAAUCGCUCGGCUUCAUCCGUGAGAAGCGACUAUACCGAUUCUACCUCAACGGCAAGGACGCAUUCCGCCUCGUCCUCGCCGUGGCGCCUCCCUCUGACGAGGAUGAGGAUUCUGUGGAUGGUGACGACCAUGAGGAGACGCGCGGCCGGAUGAGCAUGAAGAGGCACCAUCGGCUCGCGCAUCGCGCGAUACGGGUCUCGGAUUAUACUGAUGAGGAGGAUGCGGCGUCGGAGCGUUAG